AUGGGUGCCUACAAGUACGUUUCCGAGCUAUGGCGCAAGAAGCAGUCCGACGUGAUGAGGUUUAUGCAGCGUGUGAGGUGCUGGGAGUACCGUCAGCAAUCUUCCAUUGUUCGUCUCACCAGGCCUACUCGUCCUGACAAGGCUCGCCGUUUGGGAUACAAGGCCAAACAGGGUUAUGUUGUCUACCGUGUUCGUGUCCGUAGAGGUGGAAGGAAGAGGCCUGUUCCAAAAGGUAUUGUUUAUGGUAAGCCCACAAACCAGGGAGUUACCCAAUUGAAGUUUCAGAGAAGCAAGAGGUCACUUGCUGAGGAGCGUGCUGGACGUAAGCUUGGAGGCCUCAGGGUUCUCAAUUCCUACUGGGUCAAUGAGGAUUCCACCUUCAAAUAUUUUGAGGUCAUUUUGGUUGAUGUUGCACACACUGCUAUUAGAAAUGACCCCAGAAUCAAUUGGCUCGUCAACCCUGUCCACAAGCACAGGGAACUUCGUGGUCUCACUUCUGCAGGGAAAGAAAACAGAGGUUUGAGGGGCAAGGGACACAGGAACCACAAGAACCGUCCUUCUCGCAGGGCAACCUGGAAGAAGAACAACACACUUUCACUCCGCCGUUACCGUUGA